AUGACAAAAAGUCUUGAUGUUUCUGCUCCUGAAGUCACGCGUCCAAGUCGACCAGCUGUUCAACGACCUCUACCACGUCCUCAAAGUGUUGAACCAUUUUUUGAAACACAUAAUAGAGUACCAAUACCGGAUAAAAAUGAAGAUGAUUAUCCGAGACGACCAGUUAUUAAAGAUCCGGAAUAUGCACGUGUGAAUAAAAAACCAGAACGUGAAGUAAUUCAAAAACCACCGGAAGUUAAACCAAAACGACCACCACCACCUCCGGUUACUUAUGUCAAUGUUCCACCCGAACCACCAGUUCGUCCGCCGGCGCCACGCGAACCAUCACCUACGAUGGAUCCUGAUGAAGCUCUUCUCGCGGCUAUUCGUCUCGCAACUGAUCUUGAUCCCAAUAAGCAAGCAGAACAAGUAGUUAUGAACACGAAUUAA